CUGUACUUCUUUCUCUUAUAUUAUGUGUUACAGCUAUUGCCGUCAAAUACAUCACGAAACGAUUCAUUGGAGAAUACGAUUCAGAAAGACACCUACUGCCGUCAAGAUAAUGUAGCCGGGCAACCACUGAUGGUGUGGGUGAUGGAUACGGUCGACGACCCUUCACGGGAUGAAAUGCGAUGGUUGGCAUGGGCGGAUGUGUAUCUAGUGGUAUAUGACGUAACAAGUAUGCGGAGAAUAUUUCUGGAGCGUAUCGCUACGCAUGAGCAUUUACUGUGUGCCAGAGAACACAAAACACUUUUACUGGGAAACAAAAAUGACCUGGAACGAUAUAGGCAAGUAUCUGAGACGGAAGGAGAGGCGAUGGCUAACAAGUAUAAAAUACAUUUUGCGGAAUCAUCAGCCGCUGGAGACUCACCAUGUGCUGACGGGAGCAAGAAGUCCAUCGCCUCGCCUGUACUCGUCAGACUCAGGGAUUGUCUCGCCUAUCGAGCCGGUCAAGUGCGAUCUAAAGUUACGAAGCCGGUAUCAUUACACAAGACACCGAGUUUGAGCAAGAUCAAGACGGGCAGCAAGUUGCUGAAAUUGUUUCAUAACUGA